CAGACCCGGGUGAAGCUGAACUACCUGGAUCAAAUCGCCAAGUUCUGGGAGAUCCAGGGCUCCUCCCUCAAGAUCCCCAACGUGGAGCGACGCAUCCUCGACCUCUACAGCCUCAGCAAGGUGGUGAUGGAGGAAGGGGGGUACGAGGCCAUCUGCAAGGACCGGCGUUGGGCGCGGGUGGCCCAACGCUUGGCCUACCCCUCGGGCAAGAACAUCGGGUCCCUGCUCCGCGCCCACUACGAGCGCAUCAUCUACCCCUACGAGAUGUACCAGUCGGGGGCCAACCUGGUGCAGUGCCAGGCGCGGCCCUUCGAGAGCGAGGAGAAGGACCGGGAGUACAAGCCGCACAGCAUCCCCCUGCGCCAGUCCACCAGCUCCGGCCGCCGGGCCAAGCGCCUGCAGCAGGAGCCGGAGCCGACGGAGGAAGAUAUUGAGAAGAACCCAGAGCUGAAAAAGCUGCAGAUUUAUGGGGCUGGACCCAAAAUGUUGGGACUGGGGUUGGUGGCCAAGGACAAGACCCUACGGAAGAAAGACAAGGAGGGUCCUGAGUGCCCCCCCACGGUGGUGGUGAAGGAGGAGCCUCCCCCACCCCCAGAAACCAAGGCAGAACCGGGGUCCCCCCGGGCCCCCCCGGAGGAGCUGCGCCACAGCCCCGAGCCCUGCACCAAGAUGACCAUGCGCCUGCGCCGCAGCCACAGCAGCAGCCAAUUCAUGGUCCCCACGGAGCUGGUGGAGAAGGAAUUCUGGCGGCUGGUGAACAGCAUCGAGGAGGACGUGACGGUGGAGUACGGCGCCGACAUCCACUCCAAGGAGUUUGGCAGCGGGUUCCCUAUCAGUGAUGGCAAAAGGAAGCUCUCCCCGGAGGAGGAGGAGUACGCGGGCAGCGGGUGGAACCUGAACGUGAUGCCGGUGCUGAAGCAGUCGGUGCUGUGCCACAUCAACGCCGACAUCUCGGGGAUGAAGGUGCCCUGGCUCUACGUGGGGAUGGUCUUCUCUGCCUUCUGCUGGCACAUCGAGGACCACUGGAGCUACUCCAUCAACUACCUCCACUGGGGGGAGCCCAAGACCUGGUACGGGGUCCCGUCCUUCGCGGCCGAGCACCUGGAGGAGGUGAUGAAGAAGUUGACGCCGGAGCUGUUUGAGAGCCAGCCCGACCUGCUGCACCAGCUCGUCACCCUCAUGAACCCCAACACCCUCAUGGCCCACGGCGUCCCCGUGGUGCGCACCAACCAGUGCGCCGGGGAGUUUGUCAUCACCUUCCCCCGCGCCUACCACAGCGGCUUCAACCAGGGCUACAACUUUGCUGAGGCUGUCAACUUCUGCACUGCUGACUGGCUGCCUGCGGGCAGGCAGCGCAUUGAGCGCUCCCCACGGCUGCGCCGUUACUGCGUCUUCUCGCACGAGGAGCUGAUCUGCAAGAUGGCUGCCUGUCCUGAGAAGCUGGACCUCAACCUGGCAGCUGCUGUCCACAAGGAGAUGUUUGUCCUGGUGCAGGAGGAGAGGAAGCUCCGUAAGGCCCUGCUGGAAAAGGGGAUCACGGAGGCGGAGCGCGAGGCCUUCGAGCUGCUGCCGGACGACGAGCGCCAGUGCGACAAGUGCAAGACGACGUGUUUCCUGUCGGCCCUGGCCUGCUACGACUGCCCCCAGGGGCUGGUGUGUCUCUACCACAUGGACGACCUCUGCAAGUGCCCCCGCAGCAAGCAGUACCUCAGUCUGCACCGGCUGAAGAGCUGCCUGGGCCAGGCCGAGCGCUGCGUCUCCGAGGCCUUGGGGCUCAUCAGCUCCCAGGAGACUGGGGUCCCAGCCCCCUCGCUGACAGUGGAGGAGCUCCGGGCCUUCCUGGAGCAGAUGAACCAGCUGCCCUGCGUGAUGCACCAGAUCGGGGAGGUGCAGGCCCUGCUGGAGCGUGUGGAGGUUUUUCAGGCCGAGGCUCAGG